AUGGCGCCCCUCACUAUUGAAUCCCUGAACCCUGCACUUCUCAAGGUGGAGUAUGCAGUUCGCGGCGAGCUCGCAAUUAAGGCGGAGGAAUAUCGUACGAAGCUCAAAACCGCUGACCACGACCUACCUUUCGACAGAGUCAUAUCAUCCAACAUCGGAAAUCCUCAGCAGCAAGGACUUGAUCAACCUCAGAUCACUUUUCUGAGGCAACUCGCAGCGUUGAUGGAGUAUCCGGCCUUGGUGGAGCUUGCACCUGGCGUAUUUCCGGACGAUGUCGUCAAAAGAGCUAAGCAGCUGCAAGCCGAGAUAGGAAGCAUCGGAGCGUACAGUCACAGUCAGGGUGUGCCUCUGAUUAGAGAGCAUGUUGCCAAAUUCAUUGAAGAACGCGAUGGAUACCCAUCCGAUCCCAAAAAUAUCUUCCUAACUGCUGGCGCCUCUGCCGGUGUCUCUCUCCUCAUCUCCAUGCUCAUCUCUUCGCCGGAUUCGGGCAUUAUGAUUCCUAUCCCACAGUACCCACUGUAUACCGCCACCAUAGCCCAAUAUUCUGGAAAGCCUAUACCGUAUUACCUUGACGGAUCAUCGGAUUGGAAUACGUCUCUUGAAGAGAUCAAGGUCGCGUUAGACAAGGCCGAAGCGGAAGGAACAAAACCUAAAGCUCUGGUGGUCAUAAAUCCGGGAAAUCCGACGGGCGCACUCCUCUCUGAGGACACCCAGAUCGAGCUCAUUCAUAUAUGUGAGAAACAUGGACUUGUCCUUCUUGCCGACGAAGUCUACCAAUCCAACCUCCACAAACCCGACACUCAUCCCUUUACGUCGUUCAAAAAGCUCGUAUCUCAGUUGAAGUCUACGGUUCCCUUGGUGUCAUUCCACUCGGUUUCGAAAGGUGUGUUGGGUGAAUGUGGUCGUCGUGGAGGAUACUUCGAAUGCACGAAUUUCUCUCCGGAGAUCCUCGCACUGAUAUACAAAAUGGUUUCUGUUGGACUUUGUCCUCCACUUCAGGGACAAAUUGCUGUCGAUACGUUGGUGCGUCCGCCUAAGGAAGGCGAGCUCUCAUUUCCCAAAUGGAAGGAAGAAACGGACAAAAUUCAUGCCGCGCUAGCCGAACGCACGAAAAUCAUGGCAGACAGGUUGAAUAAACUGGCCGGAGUGGAGUGUGUCAAUUCCCCUGGUGCAUUAUACUUGUACCCGAAGAUCACGCUCUCGUCGAAAGCUAUCGCAGAGGCAGAGAAACACGGGAAGCAACCUGAUGCAUUCUAUGCUCUGCAGCUUUUGGAUGAGACUGGUAUCUGUGUCGUUCCUGGUAGUGGUUUUGGACAGCGAGAAGGUCACUGGCACUACCGCUUGACCUGUCUCUGUCCAGGUGUGGAGGAGUAUGUCGGCAAGUUAGAGAAGUUCCACAACAGAUUCAUAGAUAAAUUCGGGGUCUGA